AACCAUCACUUUAGACUAAAAGCUUAAAGCAUGAAUAAUUGUCUCUUUGUGAACACCUUGUGCUUCUCUGCUGUGUUUCAUAAUCACGCCUCUUCAUGGGAGCAGCUCUCCAUUGGUUUCUGUAGCCUGGGGGGGAAGUAGGCUGAACACACACACACCAUCUCCUUCACACACACACACUCACACACACACUCACUCUCUCACAGCAGCUUUCAAACACCAAACACUAAAGAUGUAGCUUCCUCCACAGAUGUGCUCCAUGUUAAUCCACAGAUGUUGGUCUGGAGGGAUCCACUAACUGAAGGUGAUGGAUUCCAGCCUUCCUUGCUCCCUCCUCUUGAUCCUGAUUGGCUGUGUCCAGAGCUCUCUUGGUAACCUUCACCACCACAACCACACCCGGCACCAUGAGUACUGCGUGCUCGGAGCCGGGCCUGCUGGGCUGCAGAUGGGUUAUUUCCUCAACAAGGCCAAAAGAGACUACGUCAUCCUGGAGAGGAACUCUGGACCGGGCAGCUUCUUCAACAAGUAUCCUCGUCACAGGAAGCUCAUCAGCAUCAACAAGAUCCACACAGGAAGGCAGAACCGAGAGUUCAACCUUCGCCAUGAUUGGAACUCGCUGCUGAGCGACAACCCUGACCUCCUUUUUAAGAGGGUGAGCAGCGAGUUUUACCCGCCUGCUGACGCCUUCCCAACCUACCUGUCCAUGUUCGUGACAGAGCUCGGGCUGAGGGUCAAGUAUGGAGUCGACGUGGGAAGGAUCAGGGCUGUGCCGUCCCCCACCGGACGGAGAUACAUCCUGACCGAUCAGCACGCCACAGACUACACAUGCAGCGUGCUCCUGGUAGCCACCGGUCUGUGGGUCCCUCAGAAGGUGGAGUUUGUGGGGUCUGAUCUGGUUGAAGGCUACGAGUCCAUUUCAGUUAAUCCUGAAGACUACAAGAACCAGGCCGUGCUCAUCCUGGGCAAAGGGAACUCUGCCUUUGAGACGGCUCAGAGCAUCUUAGGAAGCGCGAGUCGGGUGCACAUGCUCAGUUCGAGCCCCGUUCGGCUGGCCUGGCAGACGCAUUAUGUAGGAGAUCUCAGGGCCGUGAAUAACGAGCUGCUGGACACGUACCAGCUGAAGUCUCUGGACGGGUUGGUCGAGGCACACUUGGAGAAAAUAGUCAUCGCUCAGAGAAAGGAGCAAAGCAGAAGAGCUGCUGGGAAGAAGAAGGAGAAGAAGAGGAAGUUAUACUUGACUUUAAAUAAGUACUUACAGAACCAGGAGGAGAAGAACGGCUCUGAUGUGACGGGAGAAGAACUGCCGGGGUUUCACAACGAUAACUUCUCCAUGAGGAAGCCGUACGACCGUGUGAUUCGCUGCCUUGGAUUCAGAUUCAACUUCAGCGUCUUUGACAGCUCCGCCUGCCCACCAAACAGUGACAACGCCAAAGGGAGGCUGCCGGGUGUGACCGCCUGGUACGAAGGGAAGAGCACACCCGGCUUGUUCGUGCUGGGAACCGCCGCUCACUCCAGAGACUACCGCGCAUCUGCUGGAGGCUUCGUCCACGGGUUCCGCUACACAGUGCGAACUGUUCACCGCAUUCUAGAACAGCGUUACCACAGCAACCAGUGGCCUUCCACCAAGCUGUCCACGACACAGCUGCAGUCCUGGAUCCUGAAGCGGGUCGGCGAGGCGUCGGGACCGUAUCAAAUGUUCGAGGUUCUCGGGGACGUCGUACUUCUGCGAGGCUCUCACUGUGAAUACCUGGAGGAGUUCCCUCUCCAGGCGCUGCCUCGGUUCUCGUCCCUCUCUGGUCAUGAGGCGUCCCCACACGGCCUGAUCGUUGUCCUCAUGCAGUACGGGAAGAAGAAGAUCGACUACCUGGGGCGGAGCAGAGCAGAGACAGACUGGACUAAAGCUUGGAAAUCCAACUUCCUGCACCCUGUUUUGUAUUACUACGAUAGGCUCCCUACAGAGGAGGAUAUGAAGCUCCGCCCUCAUGGCUGGCCUUUACCCCGACCCGUAGUGGUUCAUCACAUGGUGGAGGACUUCCUCACAGAGUGGGACGGUCCCGUGUCUCACAUCCAGCCUCUGAGGCGUUUCCUGGAGCGCUGCGUCCAGACAGACCUCAGAGCUUUUUAUGCAGAAUCCUGUUUCCGCUUCUCCCUCACCCACCGCACGCCGCCGCUCUUCUGUCAGCACGGAUACUUGAAGCAGCAGGGCGUGGCUCAGGACCGUCAGCUGUGGCAGCACGUUCAGGACGCUGGUUUCACGCCUUCUGAGACGGACGUGGGCACACCUGGGUACGACCCCGCAUUCCCCAACUACCUGCCCCGAGCCGGAGCCUCAGUGUCUUCAGGACUGAACCUCUAGACCUCUGAAUGUUUAACCCGUGCUUGUUGAAGCUAUCAUGCUGUGUAAUCCCUCAGACCGACUACCUCCAUUUAUCCUUUAAGUUCCCUCCACAGAACCAAACGUGUGACAGCAUGCGGCCGCACAGAGAACUGGUCCUCACAGUCUGAGCGUCACCUGAUGCUGAAUCAAGACGAUUUCAACCAAAGAGCGGUUUUCCUCUUUAUUUUAAAAAAGGUUAAAGUCCAGAUUUAUAAAAUAAUCAAUGGUGAUGAUGAUGAAUAUAACUUUGUGUAUUUUCUUUUCUAGUUAGCAUCUCAGAAAAACCUCUGCUCAUCACUGGAAUUGCACUUUGUACCUUAAAGCUCCCUUAUUUUUAUCGUACACUAAAAUAUAUAUAUAACAUUAUAAUACGCUGUUUUCAUAUCAUGUAAAUCCAGAUUAUAUGAAGUUCUAAGGGUGGAGGGUUUUAUUAUGAGGAUGUUUUAUUAUACACGAUGGUACCUGAAUAAAAACAGUUCAAACAGUGAA